UACGCUUUAGCUGAAUUUAUUUAAUCGGGAAAUGUGAAUGACCGAAAUGCAUCACGAUGCAGAUUCAGCUUUAGACACUUGCGUGGUUAUUUUGCGACAAAUGAGAGAAAUAGCGGACCACUUAAUGCGUAUGCGCAUGCAGCGAGAACGGAUAGUUCAUCCCCAAUAACCUUGAUGUCGAUCGGAUCUUCCCGCACGACCUACAAGCCCCUCAUAUUCAGCAGGGGAGUCUGCCAUUGCGCAGCAGCCAACUGGGUGAAGGUGGGAAAUCCACUAAGAGCGAGGAUGCUUCUAUAGGCAGUCCGGGUUUAUUUCUUCAGUCAACAUUUUCAGUUUUUGCAGGCGAAAUUUACACUGCUGGAAAUCGCCAUCCCCUGCCCGGCUCCCCCACUGUGGUCUGUCUCAGUUAUACUGUCAACCCCCCCACCCCUCCUCCUCUCUGCCUCCUUAAUCUCCCAGAUUGUCGGCGACUUGCUGCAGUCGAUGCUGCAGUUCUGAACCGCUCCUGCGCCGGGACAGCUGACUCAAUGAGAAAGACAUGCUCGCAUUCGUUUUGGUCUCUGGGUCUCUCUGGAUUAUAUUAGAGCUGAGUUCCACCCUGAUGGAGAAGAUGCAGGCCCAGGAGAUGAUGAGUGGCCUGAGGAUACCGGAGAUGGACGAGCUCGGUCAGUUCUUCCGCUCCCUGCCGACCUCCACGCUUGUGGGCAUCGGCGCUCUGACAGCUGUGCUGGCGUACUGGUUAGCCACCAGACCCCGUCCCAUCAAACCCCCCUGCAGCCUUCUGCACCAGUCUGAGGAAGUGCCGCAUGAAGAUGGGGGUCGCAGGUCUAUGAUGGGUGACCCCUCCAAGCUGCUGACUCAUUACCAUGAUGACGCCAAGACCAUGUAUGAGGUUUUCCAGAGAGGCCUGCAUAUAUCUGGUGAUGGACCUUGCUUAGGCUCACGACUCCCCAACCAACCUUACAAAUGGAUGUCCUAUAAGGAGGUGACAGCCCGAGCAGAGCAUCUGGGCUCAGGCCUUCUGCACCAGGGUUGCCAGCCCAAUCCAAACCAGUUCAUAGGGGUGUUCGCUCAGAACAGACCUGAGUGGAUCAUCUCAGAGCUGGCUUGCUACACAUACUCUAUGGUGGUGGUUCCCCUUUAUGACACGCUUGGCCAAGAUGCUAUACGGUUCAUCAUAAACACUGCUGACAUCUCCACAGUCAUCUGUGACAAAAUGGACAAAGCUCGGGUGCUUUUAGAGAAUGUGGAGCGGAAGGAGACCCCCGGCCUGCGAAGAGUCAUCCUGAUGGAUGCCUUUGACUCUGACCUCGUGGAGCAAGGCAAGGGCUGCGGCGUCCAUGUGCAGGCCAUGAAAGAAGUGGAGGCCCUGGGUCGAGAUCACUACAGAAAACCUAUACCACCAUCCCCAGAUGACUUGUCUAUUGUGUGUUUCACCAGUGGAACCACAGGAAACCCAAAAGGAGUCAUGCUCACCCAUGGAAACGUGGUAGCCGAUUUCUCAGGCUUCCUUAAAGUAACAGAUAAAGUAAUUUUCCCCAACCAAGACGACUGCCUCAUUUCCUUCCUGCCACUGGCUCACAUGUUUGAGAGACUUAUUGAGUCUGUGGUGUACUGUCAUGGAGGACGGAUUGGGUUUUAUCAGGGCGACAUCCGUCUCCUCCCAGAUGACAUGAAGGCCCUGCGGCCGACCAUUUUCCCCGUGGUGCCUCGACUGCUCAAUCGCAUGUAUGACAAGAUUUUCAGCCAGGCAAACACCCCGUUAAAGCGUUGGCUGCUCAACUUUGCUGCCAAGAGAAAAGGUGCUGAAGUCAGCAGCGGGAUCAUUCGCAGUGACAGCGUCUGGGACAAAAUCUUCUUCAGUAAGAUUCAGGCUAGCUUGGGAGGAAGGCUGAGGAUGAUUAUAACAGGAGCAGCUCCUACCUCACCCACUGUCCUGGGAUUUCUCAGAGCAGCUCUAGGAUGUCAGGUGUAUGAGGCAUAUGGCCAGACAGAGUGCACAGCUGGCUGCACCUUCACAACACCUGGAGACUGGACCCCAGGCCACGUUGGGGCUCCGCUGCCAUGCAACCUCAUUAAACUGGUGGAUGUACCCGAGAAGAACUACUUUGCCUCUAAGGGAGAGGGAGAGGUUUGUGUAAAAGGACCAAACGUGUUUAAGGGCUACCUCAAAGACCCAGAGAGAACAGCGGAGACACUGGAUGCCGAUGGCUGGCUCCACACGGGAGAUAUCGGGAAAUGGCUACCUAAUGGCACGUUGAAGAUCAUUGACAGGAAAAAGCACAUUUUCAAGCUGGCGCAGGGUGAGUACAUCUCCCCUGAGAAGAUCGAGAACAUCUACAUUAGGAGCGAACCUGUGGCACAGCUAUAUGUUCAUGGAGAUAGUCUGCAGUCCUGUUUGGUAGGAAUAGUUGUUCCUGACCCUGAAACCAUGCCCGAAUGGGCCAAGAAGAGAGGUAUCUUGGGCACCUACGAGGACCUAUGUAAAAACACUGAGUUAAAGAAGGGAAUCCUUGAAGAUUUGGUGCGUCUUGGAAAAGCCAGUGGCCUCCAUUCUUUCGAGCAGGUGAAGAACAUCUACAUUCACAAUGAGAUGUUCUCCAUUCAAAAUGGCCUGCUGACUCCGACGCUAAAGGCUAAGAGACCAGAGCUGAAGGAGUUUUUUAAGGCGAAGAUUGAUGAGCUCUACAACAGCAUCUCUAUGUGAAGGCUGGCGGACCUGAGUUUUCUUAAAGCAACCAAACAACAACAACAGACGCUUUGUCCAGCGACCUGCAGUGGGACAAAGAUGUGUCACCUGACGUUUAACGUGCUUUCGGAAAGCAAAGCAAAACUGGCCCAACGGUAGAUGAUUAAAAAUGCCUAGAUAAAAACAAAUUAAAGAAAUCAAUAAAGCGAAAUACAAUGCACAUUGUCAUAUGUAUUUCCUUUUUAUGUACGCAUUCACUGUUUAAUAAUUAAUUGAAAACAUAUUUUAAAUCGACACUUAAAAUUUUUAGUUCAUAUAAAGGAACUUAUUUCUUUUUUCGUGUGACAUGAAUUUCCAUCACAAAACAAAAGCAAUUUCAGGGGUAGCCAGCAGAGGGCAGCAUGGAGUUACCCAUAAUGAAUGUAAAGAAUAGUUACUGGGAUUUUAUAAAGGGAUGAAAGGAAACUUGUUCUUACUAGAAAUGGAGAUGCAUCAUAAAUGCCAAAACACUCCAAUUAUUUAGGGGGGGAUGACUCAACCGUUUUAGGGGUGUGGCAAUGUCUUGACUUUAUUAGCUAACAUCAACUGUAGGGAUACUGCUACUUACUGUGAAUUAAAUUCCAUUUAUCAACUGUCAGUUUUUUAAGGGACAGGGGGACAGUUCACGUGAUGUGCUGAUAGCUGAUUUUUGUGUGCUUACAAAAAACAAUGAUUUAAAAGAGGACAACAAGCUAAUGCUAGCAGAUGCCCCCAUGGUAGGUAGUUAGCCAAUUAUCGUAUUAGUACAUCACUAAUACAAAUAUCAACUGAUUAAAUUCAUAACCAAUGUGUCAGUCAGUUUGAUUUACGCCUAUUAAUUUUAAUGUUAGAUGGAAACUCAUGUCACCGAAAAACUUUCCAUUAAGUUAUUAUAGAGUUUAGUUUUUAACAUUGGCUUCUCACAUGAUUGACACUGUCAGUGUAUACAAAAAAGGUAAUAACGUACAUGAAACGGUGUGUAUUGUACGAUGUAUUUUUGUUUUCUUUGUUUUAAUUGAGGCAUUUAAAAUCGUCCGUACAUUGCUACCUGCUAUUGACCCAAAAACAAAUACACCCACUCCCCAGCAUCAGAAACUCAGCAUCAUCAUUCCCACUUCCUCAGCUCUUCUUUCCUCUUUAAACCUACCAGCCAAACAAAACCCAUCUGUUUUACAAGAGUAACACAGUCAUACGACAGCAAGUGUGAUGUUUUAGUGUAUAGUGUAGCUCCAGGAGAUCUCAAAAUGUACAUUAAUGCUGACACCUUGUAGAAUUGUAAUGGAUUUCAUCCCCAGUGGAAAAAGUUAGAUUUUCUUUGAAUAAAAAACGGCGCUAGUAAGGCGGCUGAUACACCACCCCGAACUGAUACAAGAAUAAAAGUUGGGUAUAACCCAAAUAUGGUGCAAUUAGACGAAAUAACACCCUUCUGUUUGAAGGCAGAUUUACGAUAAUAAGGUUAAGAGAGUAGCAGCUCUUGCCUUUCAAAUCAUCGCUGUCCACACUGUCCCAUGUAAAGCAUCUCAAUGUCUGAGCCACACCCAAAUUACACUUUGUGUCAUGUAUUCGCGCACUCAUUCAUUAUGUCAGUUCAACAUGGCUGCAGUCAGAGGUUUAGCAUGCAUGCUCCUUGUUUAUGUAAGGGCCGGCGAUCUGUAACGCUCAUCGAGGUUCAGACUUCUUUUUUACUCGUCUUUGCACAAAGAGAAUGUCAGGUUAAAAAAAAACAAAAUAUCUAAUGCAACACCAGGCCUUGGGGCAAUGCAUGCAAUUUGCCCUGUAAUGCUGGGACCAUUGGCAUUUAACGAGAAAAAAGACAAGCAUUUCUUUGUGGUCAUUAGGAGCCGGUUGUAUCUAGCUGCUGUCAGCAACAGCUGCAGGUACAGGGCCAUUUCACUUAGAAGAGCCAAUGACGAAUUCCGCUAGAACAAACAUCACCUUUUAAACAAACGAUACCAUGUUUUUUAAAAAGGUUUACACGUAGAAGUAAUGUAUUCGCUUUUUAAGUUGAUUACCGUCCCAAAGCAUAAACAAUGCGGAUGUACAUAAAUGAAGACAGUUAGAUGUAAGCAUAUUUAUUGAAUCAAUGGUUUGAAUGGAUUUUUUUUUCUCUCUUAUUGCGUGUAGUGAGAUGAACUGUACUUAUUUAUUUAUCUAUUCUGCUGUAAAAAUGGAAUAAGCACCAUAUCCUUGUAAUGAUCGAGUGCAGCAAUCGGGAUGAGGGAGGCUGGGGAAUAGGACAAGGGCAGUGAAAUAAAAAUGUUC